AUGAGUUACAAAAAUAUAUUAUUAAUGGGCAAAAGUGGCUCAGGGAAAUCCUCCAUGAGAAACAUGAUAUUUUCCAACUACUCUGCAAUUGAUACACGAAGACUAGGGGCAACCAUCGAUGUGGAACGUACCCAAAUUCGUUUAUUAAAUAACUUAAAUUUGUCUUUGAUGGAUUGUGGUGGACAAGACUCUUAUAUGUUAAAUUAUAUUAAAGCAGGAAGCACUAAAUUGAAUAAUGCAGAAUUGUUGAUUUAUGUGUUUGAUAUCGAAGGAACCCAGCCCAAGGACUUUGAAAUCUUUAAUUUGAUUUUAAAUACAUUGAAGAACCUUAGUCCAAGGUGCAAGAUCUUUUUGUUGGUACAUAAAAUGGACUUGGUGAAUGAGGAGGAAAGAGAGAAAGUCUUUCUUGACUUUUAUGUUGGUGUCAAGAGUUCGAGUAAUCUCAAGUUCUUCCUUGACCAAAAUAACGUUCAAUGUGCGCAAACUUCUAUCUGGGAUGAAUCGCUUUAUAAAGCAUGGUCUCAGAUUGUGGGGUCACUAAUUCCAGAAACUCAGGCGUUGCAAAAACAUUUGAAGAAUUUGGGUAAUAUUGUUAGUGCGGAAUUUAUCAUGAUUUUUGAAACUUCGACUUUCUUGAAAAUCGCCACCCAUCCAAAUAGUCUACCAAAAGAUGAACAGGCUGAUUUGGACUCAAUCACCCAAAGAGUGUCGGGUAUCAUCAAGAACUAUAAGAAGUCUGUUGAAAAAAUUUCUGCGAGAUUCAGAUCAUUGACCUUGUAUGCAAAUUCAAAGAGCAUCUAUUUAGAUAACUUAACAGACAAUAUGGUGAUAAUGAUUGUCAUUCCUGAUAGUAAAAUAGAAAAGGACAUCAAUAAGCUGACGACCGUGAAAAUCUCAGAAGAAAAAUAUGUCCAGGAUGUGAUAAAGAGGGCUAGAAAGACUUUUGAGAAGUUGGAUUUUAGCGGGAAAAAAUAA